AUGGCUAGAAGGAAGGUGAAACUGCAGUUCAUUGUUAAUAACAGCAACCGAAAAAGCUCGUACAUGAAAAGGAAGGCGGGAUUUAUGAAGAAGAUGGAGGAGAUCUCGAUACUCUGUGAUGUCAAGACAGCGGCGGUCAUCUACAGCCCCUAUGAGCGCGAGCCGGUGGUCUUCCCAAAUCAUGAGGCAGCAACAAAACUGUUGAAUGAGUACCUAAAUAUGCCGGACAUGGAUAGAUUUAAGAAUAUGGUCGAUCAGGAAAUGUAUCUUAAACAACGGAUCGCGAAAGGCAGGGAGCAGAUACGGAAGCUGAAAAUAGACAUCAGAGAGAAGGAGAUGAGCGACAUCAUCUUCAAAUGCCUGGACCAGAGGGAAACCGAUAAUAACCUCUCCCAGCUUGAGCUCAAGGACCUGCAUGACCUUACAUUAUGCAUCGAACGCUACCACCGGGAGGUCAAAAUGAAGCUGGAGAAUGCCCGUGAGAGGAAUCGGGUGGCAACUCAAUCAGCUGGGACUGAGGACAUAAGCGAGCUGACAUCCAUCAUCGAACGCCAAAUCCGGGAAGUCAAUAUCGGGAAGCAGAUUGCCCAUGAGCACUAUCAGAUGGAAGCUCAACCGGCUGCGGUGGAGCUUGGACCGGUGAUGUUUAGUGCAUUUGGAGAGGGAACCAGCAGAGGCUUGGAGCAGCAGUCUCAGCAGCAGCAGGCCGAGAUAGAUACCCGGAGGAUGGAGGAAUUGCAACAGCAUAUGAUGCAGGUUAGAGCAAGGAGGCGGCAACAGAUGAGGCAGUUUGUACAGCUGAGGAGGCAGCAGGAGAUGAUGCAGAUUGCGGCACCACAGAUGCAACAACUGGAACAGCAGGAGCCACCGAUGAUGUUCCAGCAGAAACCGUGGUUCGAGAACAUCAUGAACCCUCCGAAGCCGCAGACGAUGGACUUCAUGGAACCGCUACUACCGCUUCCGCCAGGAUUGUUCGGAGACCACAACACUGCAGCGGCAAUGCUUCAUUCCCAUUUCCGUGAAUAA